UACCAUAAACAAAAGAAAACAACAGCAUUCUUCUUUAUUUGUUUAUUAUGUCGAUUAAUGAACUCAAAAUUAUCUGAGAAACAAUGAUAUCACAGAAAGUUUCACUUCAAUAUUACACAAUCAGACAGAUAUUGCAUUAAAUUUAAUAAAUACCGUUAAGACUAUGGUGACCUAGAAAAAGGUUAUAUAAAAGCGGCCUAAAAUGAAAUUAAGUCAGUGCACUUGCAGUACGCAAUGCAAAAAUAUAAUUAAACACAGAGAGUUCUAAAGCUCCGCUAAAGUCAGUAAAGCAAAACGAGUCGAUAUGAAGCUUUCAGUGUAUGGCGCAUUGCUACUGGUAUUCAGCGGCAGCUUAGCGCAGGACGCCGAAGCUCCAGAAUCAAUUGAAGUUACGUCACAGACACCGGGUCGUAUCAAUUGGCUGCCCGUUUGAGAUAGCGAUCAAAUACCAGGUGAUCCGCGGCAGUUUGAACGCAAUCCGAUUUUCAAUCCGUUGCUACCGUUUCUUCCCAUAAGACCACAGCAGAACCUUGGACCCUGUGAUGCGCCCAACGGCAUGGGCAUACGUAAUCUCUUGGUACAAGCCAAAGCGUUACUACCACGCGAACGCAUUCGCGCCAUUAUACGCGGCGCUGCCGAAGAUCCCGAAAUGGUGGCACUAAUAAAAUUGAUGCAAUCGCCGGAAUUUCGCAAACGUGUCGCCAGCUUAAAUCGCUCGCGCGAGUACAGAGGCUAUCGUGAUUAUACCUGCUACAAAAUGAAUUGUGAUAUAAAAUUAUACGCCGACUUCGUAAAGAACUUACUACAAUUCGAUGUGUUGACGGAGUCAAAAAAGAACGAUACCGACACGGAGGUAGUCAAAGGUCGCGCGGGUAUACGUGGUGUUCUGAAGGACAUACGCAAUGCGUUGCCGCGUCAACGAUUGCGUGAUUUAUUCGAGCUUUUAAUGUUGCGCGAUUGGUAUUUGCUGCGUGCGGUUCAGCGCGCGCAAAGCUAUGAAUUUGAAGCCAUUUUCAAGAUCUUGCAGAAGAAUCCAGAUUAUGUAUAUUUGCGUAAAGCCCAGUCUGACAUCGGAAUGCCUGUGGAGGAGGUGAAGAAGUUGGUCUACGUUGCGUUAGGUUGGCGUCAGGAUGCACAGAAUGCCACUGAUAAUCUCUUCAUAGAUAAAUGAGGGAGGGUUUACAUUUCAGUGGCCAAACGUUGUUUCCAUAUCUUUAUAUAAAAAAUACAAAUAUAAUAUGAACUUAUUAUUAAGUUUUGGUGCAAGUAGAUAAAUUAAGACACGUAUAUGUAAUUUUAUGCCAUGUAGUCGGUUACUGUAUAUUUUAAGAGACUUUUAAAUAAAUAGUAAACACAUGUCAGUUA